CUCAUUUGCAUUACGGACAGCAUAUUUUACAAUUAUAUUUUGGCAUAAAAAUCAGAACGGCCUUCGCGAGAGUCACUCAAAAGUCACCUGGAGGAGGUCAAAGGCCUGGUCCACCGCACUGCCGUCAUCAUGUCAACCCUCAAAGAUCUCCACCUUGCGAUGUCGCAUAGCAAAGAUCUGCACAAAAUCCUGGAUGUCAAAAUUCGACCUUUUUCCAACCACAAUAGCCAAGAGCGAGCAGAUCAGAAAGGCGUGUCACGUGUACAUCUCUCGAAAGAGGCUCUAUUUGAUCUCAAGUUGGAAUCAGGACAGCCAUGCUAUCUAUGGAAGAAAGGCUCAUCGGGCAACCAGAAAGUAGAGGCUAUUGCUUGGCUUGCUUCCGAGAAGACACUUGGAAAGAAGGCUCUGCAAAUGACCAGGACUUUCCAAGAGACCUGCGGCUUCAAUCUGGCUGACGACGUUCAUAUUUGCGCUGCAGGGCAGUUGCGGGUGGCCGAAGCUGUUGUUCUACGAGAUGUGACCUCCAAAGAGAAUGACACGAUCUCAGAGUUGAAGGAGGAAGAUAAAUCCAAUUGGGAGUGGUUUCUCAAGGAAUACCUGUGUAGGUGAAGUCCCUCCAGUCAAGUCUUCUUUUUGGAAUGGCCAGUGCCAAUCUUGGGUAAGAGCGAGAAGAUCUUUAUUUUCAAUUGCGUCUAUAUGGGCUUUGUUGUCUAUAGAAACUGCAAAAGGUUGGUAAAGCCGAGAGCUUUUGCUCUUCACAACCACCAAAUAUUACUUUAGCUAGCGCAAAAGCUGAUGGUGUCUAGUCCGCGCCGAUAUUGUCUUUGGCGGCAUGAUUUUCAAGGACAUUUUGUUCAGAGGCGCAAAACGAACUUUUGUCGUGGAAUCAGUCAAUGAUUUCCCUAAUGGCCAAGGAAGCUAUAGCGAAACUUUGUCAUCAGUCAAGAUCGUAGGACCACUAGGCGCUAAUAUGGAGCCAAAAGAGGCCGGUCCAAAGGUCCCCCUACAUAUUGCCAAUGUUGCUGGUGUUGAUCAAGCGUUGAAAAAACUCAACCGCUUUCUCAGCAACUUUGAUCGCCAAUUCAAGUUUACAUCUGCCCAAAGGUCAUGCUCCGUGGUUCUUAAUGGGGGUCAUGGCACUGGAAAGACGUUUCUGAUCAACAAAGUUAUUGCCGCUGGGUGGGGAAAAGUUCACCGCAUUGAAAGGAGUACGAAGGUCGCAGCAAUCCGAAAUACGUUCAAGGACGCUACCUCCACCCAACCCUCCAUCAUCGUUAUUGAUGAGCUUGAAAAGUUGGUAUCAAAGGAAGAUUCUGUUUCUGAAGAUGUCACCGCGGUUUUAGGUGACGAAAUGGACAAGCUGGUUAGUGGACAUUCAAGUUGUUUACCUAGAGUUAUCGUCAUUGCGGCUACGCUAGACAUAGGAACUAUACCGCUGUCUUUGCGGAAGAGAGGCAGGUUUUCUGUCGAUAUCCCAUUGCCAGUCCCUGAUGCUGCAGCCAGAAAAGCAAUCCUUAAGUCCCUCUCAUUUCCCAUCCACCCAGACAAGCAUGAUGAAACUCUUGAACGGAUAGGAGACAGGACUCAUGCUUAUACGGCUGAAGACCUUCUUUCACUACUAGACACAGCAUGUGAGAUUGCUGAAGAGAAGGAAGAUCGAAAGGAGAAGGAGACUGAAAUUCCCGAGGAAACUUAUUAUUUAGCAGAAGAAGAUAUUGAACAAGCACUACUCCUCAUUCGGCCAACAGCAAUGCAUGAUAUCACAUUACGCCCCCCAAGUGUGCGAUGGGACGAAAUAGGAGGCCAGGAAACCAUCAAAAAAGCACUUCGCCGUGCUGUGGAGACCCCUUUACUUGUAAGUCGCCCAAAAAAACUCUUUUGAGUUAGUUCUUCUUUUUGAAAAAUGAACUAACAUUUUGCUCAGCAUCCCGAACGUAUGAAUCGUCUCGGCGCAUCGGCAAAAAAGGGGCUCUUACUUUACGGGCCACCUGGUUGUUCCAAAACACUUUCUGCUCAAGCGAUGGCCACUGAAUCUGGCUUCAACUUCUUCGCAGUUAAAGGUGCCGAACUCCUGAACAUGUACGUAGGAGAAUCCGAGCGAGCAGUUCGCGAUAUCUUUGCACGAGCACGAGCUGCUAGCCCUAGCGUGAUCUUCUUUGAUGAAAUAGAAAGCAUCGGAAGCAAGCGAGAAGGAGGAGGGCGAAACAGCGGGGUCAACGUACUAACAACGCUUCUUAAUGAAAUGGAUGGUAUCGAAACUUUGAAAGGCGUCACAGUUCUUGCAGCAACCAACCAGCCUCAGGUUUUAGAUCUCGCUUUAAUCCGUCCAGGUCGUUUCGACCAGCUUCUCUAUGUCCCCCCGCCGGACCUUGCAGGUCGCGAGGCCAUUUUCCGUGUCAAGCAGCGAAAGAUGGAUAUGGCACCGGACGUCGAUAUUCUCGAGUUGGCUCGGUUGACUGAAGGUCACUCAGGAGCAGAACUGGUAGGAAUAUGUCAAGCUGCUUGUGACGAGGUGUUGGAAAGAUGUGAGGUCGAAGGCAAGGAAUUGCAGAUACAGAUGGAAGAUUUCGUGGAAGCUAUCAAGGGAGCUAGAAAGGGCAUUGCGCCGGAGAUGAUUAUGGGCUAUGAGAGGUGGGCGAGACUUGCUAAAGGUGCUCUCUUUUGAGGCAACUAGUGGAUAAGACAUAACGGUUGAGCUAGCUAUCAGCUUGAAUUGCCGACGAGAACUGGGGUAUACAAUGAAAAUCAGCUCAAGUAUAUCUUGUCCUAUUCAGGC